AAUCUGUUUUGUCUUUCACUGAAGGAAUUCAUCCCUUUUGAAGCAUUCACAGGAUUUCAGGAUGAAAAAAUUGAUGAGCCGAACCACCAAAAAUGUCCUUGUGGUUUCAUUUGGAUUUUUGCUCUUAUUCACAGCAUAUGGAGGGCUGCAGAGUUUACAGAGCAGUCUUAAUGCUGAGGAUGGAAUGGGUGUUAUUUCUCUCAGUGUCAUCUAUGGAGCUAUCAUUUUGUCCUCGAUGUUUCUGCCUCCAAUAAUGAUCAAAAAUCUGGGCUGUAAAUGGACCAUCGUCCUUUCUAUGGGUUGUUAUGUGGCAUAUUCCUUUGGAAACCUUGCGCCAGGCUGGGCAAGUCUGAUGACAACCUCUGCUAUUCUGGGUAUGGGAGGUUCACCGCUGUGGUCUGCAAAAUGCACCUAUCUCACAAUAAGUGGAAACAAACGAGGCCAGAAAACCAACAAGAAAAGCCAGGAUAUCAUCAACCAAUAUUUUGGCAUCUUUUUCUUCAUUUUUCAGUCAUCGGCGGUAUGGGGAAACCUCAUGUCAUCUCUGAUAUUCGGCCAGGAUACUAGCAUAGAAGUCCCUGAGGAGAACCUGCAGUUCUGUGGUGCGACAUCAUGUGUUGAAAAUUUCACAGUCGCAAACUCAACCCUUCCAGCAAGACACCUAGUGAACACACUGCUAGGCUGCUAUAUUGGUGUGGGGGUUCUGGCCAUCAUUUUUGUGGCGGUGUUCCUGGACAACAUCGACCGAGAUCUGGCCAAAGAAUUUCGUAAAACCAAGGGCAACCAGUCGUUUUGCAACACCUUUCUGGCUACCUUCAAGCUCUUGAGAAAUCCUAAAUUGUUGCUUCUCAUCCCAUUGACCAUGUACAGUGGGUUUGAGCAAAGUUUCCUCUCUGGUGAAUACACAAAGAACUAUGUGACGUGUGCGAUAGGAAUACACUACGUUGGCUUUGCGAUGAUCUGCUUUGGUGCUUCUAACUCCCUGUGCUCAUUCGCAUUUGGUAGACUGGCUCAAUACACUGGACGAAUCGCCCUCUUUUCCUUGGCUGCAGUGACAAACCUGGGCUGUUUUCUGGGUCUUUUGUACUGGAAGCCUCAUCGAGACCAGCUUGGCGUGUUCUUUGUGUUUCCAGCCCUCUGGGGGAUGGCAGACGCUGUGUGGCAAACACAAACCAAUGCACUUUAUGGCAUUCUCUUUGCUAAGGACAAAGAAGCAGCAUUUGCCAACUACCGCAUGUGGGAGUCACUUGGUUUUGUUAUAGCCUUUGCUUACAGCACAUUCAUCUGCCUGUCCACCAAAAUCUACGUUGCUCUGGCUGUUCUUGCCCUUACCAUGGUAACUUACCUUUACGUUGAGUACAACGAGUACAAGCAUCCAGCUCCAGAAGUGACUACUGACAACUUGCAAAAACCAGAAAAGGCUGACCUCAAAGAAUUAAAUGACAAUGAUAUUAUCACUCAGACACGAAUGUAAAUAAAUUUUGCUAGAUAUUUCUGCCUCAGUAUGUAUCUCAGUAUGUAAAAUGUUGACUUUGUUGUUGUUGUCAUUCAGAGAUU